UAAUUAACCGCAUUUUCAUGGUCGCUAAAAACGCCGGAGUUUUAAAACGCAAACCUUCCGAUUAAACUUGAAUUAAUGUGCACCUAUAUCUGACAUCUUGGUGAGGAAAUAGGAAUAAAACAACCUGUUUCUCCUUCUUUGAGAGUUUGUCAGUAUUAAAAAAUAUGCUCCGUUCGUUAAUUGUGUUUUCGUUAGUUAUCAAUCUUGGUUGUUCUUUAAUUUGCUGGAACUGCGACACGAUACAAAGCCCAGAAGGAUGCAAAGACCCUUUUAACAUUACCCAGGUUUACGAAGAAAGGAUGAACCGCCUGCAAAAAUACGACUACGGGUUUCCGAAGACCUUGCAAUGCCAAAAUGACGGUUCCAGGGCCGAGAAAAUGGUGUGCUUAAAAUUUAUCUACAAAACUGUAGAUACGAAUAAAAUUGUGAUUGAAAGAAAAUGCCAACUGGUUCCAAAGGAUUUGUCUGAGGGUGAGUGUCCUGAAAAGUUGUUAAGCGAUUCCAGUAGAGCUGUUGAUUUUUGCGGGACCUGCGAUGGUGAUGAAUGCAACAGUGUUAAAUUAGCGCAAACCAGAUCAAUACAUAAUGGAAAAUCCAAUCCCAAAUUGGAAGAUGACUCGAAACCUGAUCAUAGGAAAAUAGGAAGAGACCAAGAAUUAUAUUUCUUUAACGAAAUGUCCCCUGGUUCUUGUUUCUUCCAACCGCGCGGUGCUCACAUUUACAAUACCUUGGUGAAUUUUAUAAAACAACAGUACAAAGAAAGAGGUUACAAGGAAGUGAUAACGCCGAAUAUUUAUAAUGUGAAAUUGUGGAAAAAGUCUGGACAUUGGUCGCAUUACGCUGAGAAUAUGUUUGCUUUCGACAUCGAGAACGAUAAGUAUGCAUUGAAGCCGAUGAAUUGUCCUGGACAUUGUUUGAUUUUCGAUAACCGGUUUCGUUCGUGGAGGGAAUUGCCCCUUCGACUGGCGGAUUUUGGAGUUUUGCACAGAAACGAACUCUCCGGCGUGCUAACGGGUCUUACGAGAGUGAGAAGAUUUCAACAAGACGACGCCCAUAUUUUUUGUACGCCCGAUCAACUGUCGCGAGAAAUAAGCGAUUGCUUGGAAUUCAUCAAAUACGUUUACUCCACUUUCGGUUUUACUUUCGAUUUAUGUCUGUCCACACGGCCUGAAAAAUGUAUGGGUGAUAUGGAGCUGUGGAACUCUGCGGAGAAGUCUUUAGAAGAUAGCUUAAAUUCGUUCGGGCAUCCUUGGAAGUUGAAUCCCGGAGACGGUGCAUUUUACGGCCCUAAAAUUGACAUCACAAUCAAAGAUGCCUUGCAAAGAGACCACCAAUGCGCAACAAUUCAACUAGACUUUCAGUUGCCUCUUAGAUUUAACUUGUCUUAUUCGAGUAAUAAUGGAGAAAAGAAACAACCAGUAAUGAUCCAUAGAGCGAUUUUAGGAUCGGUCGAACGAUUCAUUGCAGUAUUGGCCGAAUCAUAUGCCGGUAAAUGGCCAUUUUGGCUUUCACCAAGGCAAGCCAUGAUUGUCCCAGUCAAAGCCACCUGUGAUGAAUAUGCAGAGGAUAUAAGACGGAAGUUACUAACAGCGGGGUUCAUGGCAGAAGUAGAUAAAGAUCCGGGGAAAACCCUCGGUAAGAAAAUCAAAACGGCUCAAUUAGCCCAAUUUAAUUUCAUUUUAGUGGUGGGUGAAAAAGAACAAUUAAAUAACGCUGUUAAUGUAAGAUCUAGAAGCAAUACUGUGCUCGGUGAACAUUCUAUUGAAAGUAUAAUUGGUAGAUUUACUAAAUUAAGAGAUAAUUAUGUUUUAAAUGAAGGUGAAUUUUAA